GGAAGUAAAGUAGCACAGUCUAAAAAGAGGGAAGAGUGAUUUAUUUUUUUGACUUGAGAGAACCCAAUCAGACAGAUAGAAAUAUACUCCACUAUAUACACUUCUAGAGAGAUCUAGAGAGAGAGAGAGAGAGAGUGAGUGAGUGUGAGUGAGUAUGAUUCAUGGACGAAUCUGUGAAUGAGUGAAAAAGAAAAAGCCUGGAAUUUCGAGCGAGAGAGAAGUUGAGUUUGUGAUUAUUUGGUUAUUGGAGUGCAAGAGAGGUACAAGUCGAGGGAGGGAGCAUAUUGGGGGAAGGCUGCUUUCGGUUAAGCUUCCUAUGCCCUCGUCCAUCCUUCUAUUGGGCAGUCUCUCCUCAGUUAUUCAUUCACAAGAUCUUCUAUAAAAACCCCUCUCUCCUCUCUCUCUCCUUCCCUUUUCCAACAAAACCACCUCCUUUUCUCGGUCCUAUAUCCUAGUAUCUGUCGUCUCAACGCCCAAAUUAAUUCAUUCUACAACACCCCGCUCCAUAUAGAGAGAGAAAAUAGUCACACAGAGAGAGAGAGAGAGAGAGAGAGAGAGAGAGAGAGAGAGAGAGAGAGAGAGUGUGUGUGUGUGUGUUUCGUCGAUCGGAAUAGACUGAGAAAAUGUGGAAUCUAAACGACUCGCCCGACCAGAUAAUCCGAAACGACGACGUCGACGAAUCCGAGGCCUGCUCUUCUCCGGUGGACAUUGACGACGAAGACAAGGGUAAACGGGUCGGAUCCGCCUCGAACUCGAGCUCCUCAGCUAUAGUACUAGAAGAGGAGGGCUCAGAGGAAGAAGAGGUAGAAGUCGGGCGAAAGCGCAACAGCAACAAGAUAUUCGGGUUCUCGGUUUCGGACUCCGACCCGCUCGUGACCCGGCAGUUCUUCCCCCUGGACGAGUCCGAGGUGGGGACGACGUCGGACGAGAGAGAGGCCGCGAAUUUCCCCAGGGCCCACUGGGUUGGGGUUAAGUUUUGCCAGUCGGAGCCUGUUGGCGGCGGCGGCGGAGGUGGAGGUGGCGGAGCUCCGACGAAGAAGAGCCGCCGCGGGCCGAGGUCGAGAAGCUCCCAAUAUCGUGGGGUUACCUUUUACCGGCGUACCGGCCGUUGGGAGUCUCAUAUAUGGGACUGCGGAAAACAAGUUUAUCUGGGUGGAUUCGACACCGCGCACGCUGCUGCACGUGCAUAUGAUAGGGCAGCCAUCAAAUUCCGGGGAGUGGAGGCCGACAUAAAUUUCAGUCUUGAAGACUACGAGGAAGACUUGAAACAGAUGACCAACUUAACAAAGGAGGAAUUUGUGCAUGUACUGAGGAGACAAAGUACUGGGUAUCCAAGAGGGAGCUCCAAAUAUAGAGGGGUAACCUUGCACAAAUGUGGAAGAUGGGAGGCCAGAAUGGGUCAAUUCUUGGGCAAAAAGUAUGUCUACUUGGGUCUGUUUGAUACCGAAAUCGAAGCUGCGAGGGCUUAUGAUAAAGCUGCAAUAAAGUGUAAUGGCAAGGAGGCUGUCACCAAUUUUGAUCCCAGCAUCUAUGAAGAUGAGCUAAAUGCCACCGAGGGUUCGGGCAGUUCAUCGAACCAUGAUUUAGAUCUGAGCUUAGGUAAUUCAUCCUCAAAACAAAACAGUCGUGAAUUGGUGGGGGAAAUCCGAAAUCUAGCAGUAGAUCAGCAACAUAAUUCAGUGCCUUUUGAAGUUACAUGGGGCAAUCGGGGAUUUAGAAGAGAUGGGUACAAUGAGAAUGAAACAAUGCAGCUUCUGAGCCAAACCCACAUUCAAUCUCCAAAUUCACUCAAGGCUAAUGAAAUAAUGCAAAGUUAUGGGCAAUUUGAGAAUAAUAGUGGUGAACACCCAAUGCUCAACAUGGUUACCUCGCAGCUCAGCCCAUCAAACUUUCAGAAUCAGUGCCCAAGCAGCAGUAAUGGAGGCCAACUUGGAGGGAAUGGAGCAGACCUUUCUCUCUCUACUAGCAAUCAUCAACAUUGGCAGCAAUUCAAUCCUCCCCCAUUGGCCACAACUGCUGCAGCAUCAUCAGGAUUCCCUCAGCAGAAUUUAUCAACAACACAACCCCAAAAUUGGAUCCUCAAAUUUAAUAAUGGGUUCCACCCUCCGAUGAGACCCUCGUGACCCCUCCUUUUUUGUUUUAUUUUCUUCUUUUAAUUUUUUUAAGCUUUUCCUCAUGCCAUUUUGUCCACAUGAUUUUUUUCUAUCUUCACAUGCAUUUUGUAAGCAUGUAAAGAUAAAUAUGCUUCGAGGUUUUUUCCGCAUAAAAAUGUAUCACAAAAGCAAUUUUUAACUACGACAUAACCGGAGUUUCUGAUUUGGAAGCGAAUGAUCAAUUUAUAUUAUAUGUAAAAUGUAACUCCUUGAGAAAUGUUUACUAAAUUUUCUUGGUUGUCUA